AUGUCUUUUCUUCCCUUCCCACCCAAGGCUCAGAUGCCAUUCCUCUGUGAGCACCUGGAAGAAGCAAAACCAAUCAUGACUACCAGAUCUGUGUCCGUAAAAACUAUCAGGACCAGCACCAGUGGUGGAGGUGGUGGUGGUUUUGGUAGUAGCAUGCGUAUGGGAGGAGGAGGAGGAGGAGGAGGAGGGGGAUAUAGCUCAAGAUCUGCCAUCAUCUCCAGGUCCGGGGCACCAAUGUCAUCGUCCAGCUUUUCAAGUGCCUCAAUGCUUAGGUCAGGCAUGGGCAUGGGUGGCGGUGGGGGGGGGGGGGGGGGCGGCUUUGGUGGCGGCUUUGGUGGCGGUUAUGGUGGCGGUUAUGGUAAUUUUGGUGGUGGUCCCAUGCCACAGCAAAUUACAAAUGUCCAAGUCAACUCAAGCCUGCUGUCCCCCCUGAAUCUUGAGAUUGACCCUAACAUCCAGACUGUCCGUACCCAAGAAAAAGAUCAGAUCAAGGUUCUAAACAACCGCUUCGCCAGCUUCAUUGACAAGGUUCGUUACCUGGAGCAGCAGAACAAAAUGCUGGAAACAAAGUGGAAACUGCUGCAGGAGCAAACUACCAGCGGCCGCUCCAACAUGGACGCCAUGUUUGAGGCCUACAUCUCCAACCUGCGCAGACAGUUGGAUGGGCUCAACAAUGAGAAGGUCAAGCUGGAGGGAGAGCUGAGGAAUAUGCAGGGAAUGGUGGAGGACUACAAGAACAAAUAUGAAGAUGAAAUCAACAAGCGUGCUGCUGUGGAGAAUGACUUUGUCCUCCUGAAGAAGGAUGUAGAUGCUGCCUACAUGAACAAAGUUGAGCUGGAAGCCAAGGCUGAUUGCCUUCAGGAUGAGAUUAACUUCCUCAGAUCUCUCUAUGAGGCGGAAAUGAAUGAGCUCCAGGGACAGAUCAAGGACACUUCAGUCAUUGUGGAGAUGGACAACACCCGUGAGCUGGACAUGGACGCCAUUGUGGCUGAAGUCAAGGCUCAGUAUGAUGACAUAGCCAAACGCAACCGUGCUGAGGCAGAGUCAUGGUAUCAGCAGAAGUUCCAGGAGAUGCAGGUCCAUGCUGGCAAGGCCGGAGAUGAGGUUCGCAACAUUAAGAGUGAGAUUGCUGAGCUCAACCGUAUGAUUAGCCGCCUCCAGAAUGAGAUUGAGGCAGUAAAGGCGCAGCGUGCCAACCUGGAGGCCCAGAUCGCUGAGGCUGAGGAGCGCGGUGAGCUGGCUGUGAAGGACGCCAGGGCCCGAAUCAAGGAGCUGGAAGAAGCCAUGCAGAGAUGCAAACAGGACAUGGCCCGCCAGGUCAGAGAGUACCAGGAGCUCAUGAACGUCAAGCUGGCCCUGGACAUUGAGAUCGCCACCUACAGGAAACUGCUGGAAGGGGAGGAAUCCAGAAUUGCCACUGGUGGUACGCCUGCAACUGUCCACAUACAGAGUACAACUACCAGCUACGGUGGCAGCAGCAGCAGCGGUGGUGGCUAUGGCGGCGGCUUUGGCGGCGGAAGCGGCAUGACCAUGACAAGAACUAGCAACGUAAUGUCUAGCCGCCGUUAAAAAACAGAAGUUGUCUUUCUCUCCAUUCUUCUUCUCUCUUUUAGUUCUCUUCCUGUCACACUCAUAAAAGCUUCCAUAAAGUCCACCACCUCUCCCUGCAGACACAGAUCAGCCUCAGACACGUUGCAUUUGACCAUUUUCAGCUGGCAGAUCCAUGUAAUGGAACUUAUUUCCUGUGGUGCUGCUCCCUCUUUGGCACCACAUACCCACAGAGAGUCAGAGAUUACCUCCAAAUACAAAGAGAGGCAGAGAGAUUAUUAGCCCACAGCAAAGAGCAGCAGAUGUGAGUCAGUCCCCUCUUCCUUUAUCAGUCAGCCUGGCUGGCUUUUAGUUGCUGGAUGUGCUGUCAUGCAGACAGGAUGCUUGUAGUGUCAUGACAGAGAAUCCUUACAAGUUAUCAAUCACUGCACACAAAAUGACAAAGCAGUUCUUAGAACUACACAGAAGGAGGUACAGAUGUUAUGUUUGGUCUUGAAUUUAUAAAGCAUUCAUGACAGAAACCCAUGCAGUGUCACCCCUAUGACUCCUCUUUUGUGCAGUCUCUCCUCUGUUGUCUCACAUCUGUCAUCUUGUUGUGCAUUUUGACAUCAUCAAAAGCAGCCACAUUGAACACCUUCACAUUUGAUUUUUGGGAUCCUCUUUUUCAUCUCCUGUUUUGAGAGAAAAUGAGCUCUCCACUACAACAUAUAAGUGGUGUUUUGAUCAUGCUUUACUUACAUUCUCACUCUGAAUUAAAAAACAUGGCUAAAGCUGACUGGGACAACCAGAUUUAUUGUGAAUUUGUA